AUGGCGUUUGACAACACCCCUCUCCGUCCGUCCGCACCUGAGGACUCCGUCACUUCUCUUCUCUUCAACUACGCCUUCGAGAAGCUUGGCAUCGUAGUCACCCCGCGUCUGUUCGCCUCCACCAUCCUGGUCACCCUCUCGCCCUUCCUUCUCAUUGCCCUGUUCGCCCUCACACAACGCGACAAGCCCUCACCGCCACCAGCUGGAUGUAAGAAGCUUGGUGUCCAAGGUCCGGGCAAUCUCCAGGACCAGUACUCAAAGAAAUACGCAAAGGGCGGUGACGCGACCAAGCAGAACCCAUGGACCGUCAAGGCACUGUUUGUAUACCCCUUGAAGUCUGCAGGCCCCGUGGAGCUCGACAAGAGCCAAGUCCUCCGCACCGGUUUACAAUACGACCGCCAAUUCACCCUCGGACAGUAUGUGACGAGCAUGCCAACCAUGGACGGAAAGGUCACGAGCGAAUGGCACUUCUGCACACAACGAAAAUAUCCGCGCCUGGCAAAGAUUGAGACCGAGAUUUGGGUGCCGGAUCCUUCGGCGCCUGGUUACGACAAGGACGGCGAAUGGGUCAAGAGUGAUGGUUGCCUGGUGAUCCGUUUCCCAUUCUCGCAAGAUACGGAUUUUUCGCUCGACGGAUUGAAGAGCUGGGGCAAGAUCCUUGCUGCACAGAUGGCGGGCAAGUCGGAGCCUAUGCUAGAAAUCCGAGUACCCUUCAAUCCUUCUCAAGAGCGCAUCAGGAGCAAAGCCUACACAAACGAAACCCUGCGCAUCUGGACCGACUCGCCAGUAGCCCUGAACAUGGGCUGCGAAAUCGAUCCAGACUUACUUGCCAAGCUAAAGUACACAAUUGGCACCACCAACCCCAUCACCCUGUUCAGGAUCGACACGAACAAGUUCCGCGAGGUUUUCAAAUGCGCGCCGAAGAAGGAAGAUGUGGGCUUCCAGCCUGCCAUUGGCAUGCAGGAUUCCUAUCCAGUGCACAUCCUCAAUCUUGCCUCGGUCCACGAUGUCGCCAACAAGCUUCCCAGAGGAAGCGAGCUGGAACAGUGGAGGGUUCCCAUCAUCAAUGCCCUGCGGUACCGGGCCAACAUCUACUUCACCGGACCCCCUGCAUUCGCCGAGGACAACUGGAAAAAAGCAAAGAUUGGAUCUACACCCUACCACAUCUCUUGCCGCACGACACGCUGCAAACUGCCCAACGUCGACCCAGCAACCGGUGUGGCAGAUCCCAAUGAGCCAAUGAGCACGAUGCGCAAGUACAGGGUGAUUGACCAAGGCAGCAAAAAUGCCGUUCUCGGCAUGCAGGUCACACCGCUGGAAGCGGGCGAGGUGAAGGUUGGAGACACAAUUGACGUCUUGGAGACGGGCAGCCAUUUCUUCCUCGCAGGAGAGGGCGAGAAGGUCAUGGGUUGA